AUGGAUGGUCCUAGUUCUAGCCAAAUAAGACACUAUUUGAGUGAGAGUGAUGUGGAAAGUAGUUCUGACGAUUCUGUGGCGUCUGCCGGCCCGGAGAGUGACAUUGACCAAGCCCAGCUUGACGCGCCGCCUAUUGUCAAUGUGGUGGCGCCUGUGGACAUCGAGGAUGAGGACACGGAUGACCAGGAAGCUGAUCAAGUGAUUUCUGACCCAAUAUGGUCACUUCGUACUGCAGUUUCACUGUGUAUUCUGGGAAGGGAGGUGAACUUGGAGGAAAAAGGUCAUGCUAGCAAAGUAGUCAAGUAUUUGAUGAGGGGAAUGCUUGGGGUGGGCCAUUCAUUGUAUAUGGAUAAUUAUUAUAUCAGUUACCCCCUUGCAACCGAGUUACUGAGUGAGAAAACCUACUGCACCGGCACAAUGCGCUCAGACCGAAAGCAUGUUCCGCUAGAUCUCAAGACAGCUCGUCUUGCCAGAGGAGAAAAGGCAGAACGGUACGCCAAUGGUGUUUUGAUAGCAAAAUGGUGCGACAAGCGUCAGGUGUUGUACCUAUCCACAGAGUUUGAGAAUGAUUGGGCAAUCUCAAUGAAUAGGUAUAACCAACCUCGCCAAAAGCCUCUGCCCAUAAUACAGUACAACGCCCAUAUGAAGGGUGUGGACCGAAAUGAUCAGCUUAUGAGCUAUUAUGCCUUCGAACACAAAUCAAUUCGCUGGUACAAAAAGAUCUUCGUCCAUUUCCUUCAGACGUUGUUGGUGAACUCCUUCAAACUUUAUUUACAAACCAACCCAAGGAAAAGAUCGCUGUACCACUUUAGAUUGUCCAUCAUCAACAUGCUUUUGCCUGCAGCAAACGCAAUCACACCUCCACUCCGGCCUAGACAACAAACAACUGUCAGACACGUAUUGUCAAAAAUGGACACACCUGACAACACAGGAGAAAGGAUGAAGAGAAAACGAUGCAGAGAAUGCUCAAAGACAAAGAAAAGAACCAUGACCCUUUUCUUUUGUGCCCAGUGCCCUGGCGAACCUGGCCUAUGUGCACUGAGAUGCUUCGACAAGUAUCAUGAGUAG